AUGGAGGAAACUGGAAUGUUAAACGGUGCACCCGUUCGUCAAGAUAGCAACAAACUUUGGCAAUACUUCGCUGCGACUUCCGCAUGCUUAUUGGCAUUGGGUGCUGGUACAGUAAUGGCAUGGACAGCACCAGUACUGCCACUUCUUUACGAGUCCGACAGUUGGUUGGUGUUGUCAAAAGAUGAAGGUUCUUGGGUUGGUUCUUUAUGUGCAUUAGGUGCAAUGAUAGGUGCAUUACCAGCUGGAAAAAUGGCGGACAUGUUGGGACGAAAAAAAUCUCUGAUGUUAUUGGCAGUGCCAUUUAUAAUAUCUUGGCUGAUAAUAGUUGCAGCAUCGCGUGUUUGGAUGUUGUACCUUGCCAGAUUUAUCGUAGGAAUAAGUAUAGGUGCUACUUGCGUAUUGGUACCAACUUAUAUAUCUGAAGUUGCUGAAACAUCUACCCGAGGUACAUUGGGUGCUUUCUUUCAAUUAUUUUUAACGAUGGGUAUACUAUUGGUCAAUGUAUUGGGAUCUUUCGUUAAUUACACGACAUUGUCUGUCAUCUGUGGACUCGUUGAAGUUGCCUUUUUGACAACAUUCUUUUGGAUGCCUGAAUCACCUCAAUGGCUAGUGAGUAAAGAAAGAAAACCAGAGGCUGAAGUAGCGAUGAAAGUACUCAGAGGUAAUUCAUACAAUCCAAGCGAAGAGAUAACGAUAAUACAAAGAGCAAAAGACGAAUCGAAUUCUAGAAAAUCAUCAAUUUUUGAUAUUUUUCGUACGGCCGGUUCUAGAAGGGCAUUUAUGUGUUCUUGCGGUGGUAUGAUAUUUCAACAACUAUCAGGAGUAAACGCAGUUAUUUUCAACACUUUAGAAAUUUUUCAAGCAGCCGGUAGUUCUUUACCGUCCGAUGUUGCUGCCAUUAUCGUAUCAUUAGUUCAGGUUGUAAUGUCCGGUGCAGCAGCAGCGAUCGUUGACCGUGCUGGUAGAAAACCAUUGCUCAUGUUGUCAUCAGGAUUUUUAGCAAUUUGUCUCAUAGCAUUAGGCAUUUAUUUUAAAAAACAAAAUGACGGUGAUGACGUUAGUUCAUUAGGUUGGUUGCCAUUAGUUUCACUAACACUUUUCAUGGUCGCCUUUUCUAUUGGGUUGGGCCCAGUACCUUGGAUGUUAACCGCUGAAUUAUUCACUGCCGAAUUAAAAGGAAUUGCUUCUGGCAUAGCUGUUACCUUAAAUUGGUUUUUGGUAUUUUGCGUGACGAAACUUUUUCCAUCGAUGACCGAAUCAUUAGGAAUGGGCGGAACAUUUUGGUUUUUCGCUGUUAUCAUGGGAAUAGCCACCGUUUUAACGUUUUUCUUUUUGCCCGAAACCAAAGGGAAAACUAUUCAAGAAAUUCAAGACGAAUUAAAUGGAAUUUGAAUUUUA